GAGCUGUUAGAGCUUAAUUGAAUUUUCUGUUUUAUUGCCUGGAAGGGCCUUCAAGGGCUGCAGUGUUGAAUUUCUGCCGACAAAGGGGAAUGAAGUGUUAAUUUCUGCUUACAAGAACAAAAUCUCCAGUCUGUAUUCUAUGAUCUUGUUAUGGUUGAUUGGCUGUUUUCCGCAGACACUCCUUUAAGGAAAACCAAGCAGACGGCUUAUUAGGAUCAUUCCUCUUCCCUGAAAGUAAUGCUACUCUAAUACGCCAAGGGAGAAAGGAAUUUUAAGUCUCGAAGGAAACUCUAGAUCAUCAUAAAACCCCAUUUCAUUCUCCCUACCAAGAGAGUGCACAAUCUAUACAAACCCCAGGAGUUGUUUUACACUGUCUAAGCAGAACAUAGUUAAAAAUCCACAUUAUAAAGGCAAGAUGAGAAGAUAAUUUGCUAAUGUUCUGCUGUGUUUAGUUGUUUUUGCUCCAAUCAUCACCCUCUAUUCCUGUUAUCCCAGCCAACGAGCUCCCACUCUGAGGCAGUCUGCUCUAUGGAUCUCUGUUUAUCCGUCCACGCAAUUGAUGUAUGGCCUCUUAACUCAUUAUUGCAUGGAAGAUGAACCACUAGGUCAACAUGACAUCUUCAACAGCAACACUAGGAAACCAUUUCGCCUUAAGAGCUCAUCUUAAAGCUCUUAAGACGGGUCCUUAUACCUUGAUAGAACUCAAACCUGGACAAGCAAAAAAUAAAAAACAUUGAGUAAAGAAUAAUAUACAUCAUAUAAAUAUUUGUAGUCUACUUUUCCAGUCAUUUUCUAGAUGUAGAUGGUAGAUUUUUAUCCAAUUCCUUUCCCAAGUCAUAUAUUUUAUCUCGUUCACUUUGUAUAGUUAUUUUUGCGUCCAUAAGUAGAUGUUAUGUGUUUUUCUUUUAUUUGUGGGCAUCUAAUUUCUUUAAUUUGGAAUUCGAAUGCAGGUUCCAUUUUAUUUUUUCCAUGCCAUUUUAAUUAUACUUCCUUCAGUUACUAAACUUUUCAAAUUCCUUUCAUUCUUUGAUCAUUUCAGCUUGGGGCCUUCUUUCUGUGAUCCACACAUUCCCAUUCCUGGUCCAUGUGGAUACAAUUUUUUUUCUUUCAAUUUUUGUGUUUUUCUUUGGGUAUUUUUUUUCUCUUGGAUUAUUGCAGGUCAUCACAUUUGGGGGAGAAGUCAGAACAUUUAGUGGGGCUCUACCCCCCUCUGCUCAUGUAUCCGCUCUUGGAAUCAGAGCUUUGGUUUCUCAGUGUCAGAAGGUCAAUUUCGCCCUCCUGUGGUCCAAAGGAGAAUGACAGAUUGAACUUAUUUGUGUCUCAUUUUCUACUUUUACUGAUAAGGAAAAAAAAAACUUUGGAGCAAACAUCUGAGAAAACAUUUUAUCUUCUGAUAGUUUAUAAACCUUUUGUCUAUGCGUAAAACCAGACAAAAUAGGAUUAAUGUAAUAUAUGUUCUCUUUUUGUUUUAUUUUGCUCCCAAUUAAUUUUUAUAACCCCCAAAAAGUCUAAAUCAUUUUUAAAAAUCUAUAUGGGGAUGUGAUCUUUUUAGCCAUACUGCUCCUGCAUGGAGCUCCAUAGUAAGGAGGCGGGACUGUAGCGUUUCAGCGCGUCAGACCGUCGACAUGGCUGCAGCUGCAGCGGCGCGCAUCGAUCGAGGACACAGAUCUGUGUCUCUUUUGGGAACACUGACUGGAUGCAGAGCGAUCCACGCCGCGCCAAAAUCUCGUUAUGACGCGCUGGUCGUCGGAGGAGGACACAAUGGACUCGUGGCAGCUGCGUUUCUUCAGAAGGGAGGGGUGAAGACAGCUGUGUUGGAGCGCAGACAUGUGCUUGGAGGAGCAGCUGUCACAGAGGAGAUCUUCCCUGGAUUCCACUUCUCCAGGUGCUCCUACCUGCUCAGUUUGUUGCGACCUCACAUAAUUAGAGACCUGGAGCUCAAGAAACAUGGACUUAAGGUGUACAUGAGAGACCCUCAUGCGUUCACCCCUAUGUUGGAAGACGGGGUGAGAGGUGCCCCACCACGGUCCCUCACCCUGGGCUCAGAUCUGGCCAGCAACCAGAGGGAGAUUGCCAAGUUUUCCCAAAAGGACGCAAAGGCUUACCCAGAAUUCACUGCACAUCUUGAGAAGCUAGCAGGAGCUAUCCACCCUCUGCUGGACAGUCCACCUGUAGAUAUUCCAGGUGUAAUGACUGGAUCCCUGAAGAAAAGGCUGUCUGCAGCUAAGACUCUAAUGCCAGUUCUGAAAUGUGGUUUAAAACUUGGAAGGAAUGUUCCUGAUUUUUAUGAGAUUAUAACUGCACCCAUUAUGAAGAUUCUCUCUCGUUGGUUCGAAUCGGAGCCCCUGAAGGCAACUCUGGCUACUGAUGGUGUGAUUGGAGCAAUGACCAGUCCCAGUAAUCCUGGUAGCGGGUAUGUGCUCUUACAUCAUGUGAUGGGAGAGCUGGAGAAGGAGAAGGGCGCAUGGGGCUACGUGGAGGGAGGCAUGGGAGGCGUGUCUCAGGCGAUGGCUAGAGCCGCUCGAUCCUAUGGAGUUGAUAUUUUCACUGAGAAGGAUGUGGAGCAGAUUCUUGUUGCUUCAGAUGGAUCUGCAAAGGGAGUUGCAUUAAAGGAUGGCACAGAGAUAAAUAGUAAAGUUGUUUUGUCAAAUGCAACCCCAUAUGUUACCUUUAGGAACCUCACACCUCAGGCUGCCCUUUCAUCCGAGUUUAUCAGAGCGGUAGAUCAGAUUGACUACACCUCGCCUGUCACAAAGAUAAAUGUGGCAGUGGACAAACUACCAAACUUCUUAGCAUGUCCCACCCCGGAUGGUAAACCUGGACCCCACCAUCAAUGCUCCAUCCAUCUGAACUGUGAAAGUGUGGAAGUGCUGGAAACUGCAUAUAAAGAAGCCACAAAUGGACACCCAUCUACAAGACCUAUGCUGGAAAUGACCAUUCCCUCUGUGUUAGAUCCCACUCUGGCUCCCCCUGGCUGUCAUGUAGUGUCACUCUUCACUCAGUUCACCCCUUACCAUGUGGAGGGCAGGGAGUGGACCAGCCAAGAGCGAGAGGCUUUUGCCGACACUGUGUUUGAUUGGGUGGAACAGUACGCCCCGGGGUUCAAAAAGUCAGUAGUGGGCAGAGACGUCCUGUUGCCACCAGAUCUGGAGAGGAUCUUUGGACUCACUGGAGGGAAUAUCUUCCACGGUUCAAUGUCUCUGGACCAGCUCUAUCUAGCAAGGCCUUUGCCCUCCCUCUCAAACUACCGCUCACCAAUUAAAGGGCUCUAUCUGUGUGGUAGUGGAUGUCAUCCAGGUGGUGGUGUGAUGGGUUCUCCUGGCUGGAAUGCAGCACUCACUGUCAUGGCUGAUCUGAAACGCCACUAGGACACAGCAGCACGAGGGUGGUUCCUUCUACAACGUCUAUUCUGCAUUUUUAAAAAGCUUUACAAGCUUUGAAUUGCUUUAACUUCAUCAGAAGUGUAGAGCUGCAAGGUGACAUAGAUAGAUGAAUAUAUGUGAUAUUUAAAGGACACAUAACAGCUUUUAAGAAUAAUUAGGUUAUCUAAGUUUAAAAUCCACUAGUAAAGAUUGUUAUUUAGUUGAUGACAGAACCUUACUAACUACCACAAGUGUUAGGAUUUUUUAAUAAUAGAUUUUUUUUAAAUGUGAAAAAUAUUUUGUAUUAACCAGGAAUAGUUUUUAAUAAAUUCAUAACUAUUUUAAAAUGUUGUUUUUAUUUAUUUUUUUAUGCAUAUGUAUGUAUGAAAUCUUUUUUUUUCUUUCUCUAAAAUAUUUCCAUCAGUAAGAAUGUCUGGUAUUCAAAUGGUAUUUCUUCAAUUUUUCUGAAGUUUUAUAUUCUGUUCUAGCUCUCUUCAUCAAGACACAAACUUUCCAAAACUGUUUUAUAGAAAAGUAAACUUAAAGCAUAAAAUGGGAAUGAAUCUAUUUACAAAUUCCUAAUCAAGG